GUAGAAAACCAAUCCGUCUCGAUCCACUUGAUAUGUUGGAGGAAUCUUUGAUCCGUUCUCGGAGUAGAAGAAGAAAGUGGGGUGGGAUCAGUGGCUUUCCCCCUCCACAACUUUCCCGCGGACAACGUCUUCCCUUCAAAGCUAUAUAUCCAUGCUCAGAGCUUCAUUUCGUCUGGUAACUGUCUCUCAUUCUCUUCUAUCGCCCUCGAUCCGUCCUCGUAUUUCACCUCGCGUUCGAUUGCCUUUUCAGACAGCCGCAAUGUCUGACCUCACUAACAUCUUUACUCCCAACGCUUGCCCUCCUGUUGGCCCCUAUUCCCAAGCCGUUAAGGCCAACGGCCAGAUCUUUCUCUCAGGCCAGAUUCCCGCAGACAAGAACGGCAACCUUGUCGAAGGUGACAUCAGGACUAAGACUCAGGCUUGCUGUGACAACAUCAAGGCUAUCCUGGAUGCUGCUGGCUCAUCUGUUGACAAGAUCAUCCGUGUCAAUGUCUUCCUCGAUGACAUGUCCAACUUUGCGGAGAUGAACGCUCAGUAUGAGAAGUUCUUCACUCACAAACCCGCCCGAUCUUGCAUUGCUGCCAAGCAGCUGCCCAAGGGCGUCCCAGUUGAGAUUGAGUGCAUCGCUCUUGCGUAAAGCUGCUGUAGU